CAUGGUAUACGUCACUGCUUGUGCAGGGGAGUAUAGGCUGUGUUGUCAGCCUAGUGUCAGUCUGAUGAAGAUUGGCAUUCAGACUUUGUGUGGAGGACCGGACACUAAGGCGUGGAAGAGCAGACAACGACAACAUUGACUACUGCUUUGUUGUAGAGGGCAAACUAACUGUCUCCAUGUGAAGCUGUCCCAUGAUGCAACAUGUGUCCCCAGCACCAGCACUGACAAUGAUGGCCACUCAGAGUGCUCCUCCACCAUCGUACCAGGAGAGCCAACAGAUGACAGGCAUCACCCAACAGAACUCCAAGGUCCAGCAGGUCCACAUCCCAGCAUCCUCAGCAGCUGGGAACAUUCCUGUCAGUGUGACCCUUGACCCCCAGGCCCAGCUGGAGUCAGACAAGCGGGCCGUCUACAGACACCCUCUGUUCCCACUGCUGGCCCUGCUGUUUGAGAAGUGUGAGCAGGCCACCCAGGGCUCUGAGUGCAUCACCUCUGCCAGCUUCGAUGUGGACAUCGAGAACUUUGUCCACCAGCAGGAGCAGGACCACAAGCCGUUCUUCAGCGAGGACCCCGAGCUGGACAACCUGAUGGUGAAGGCCAUCCAGGUGCUGAGGAUCCACCUGCUGGAACUGGAGAAGGUUAACGAGCUUUGCAAGGACUUCUGCAACCGCUACAUCACUUGCCUCAAGACCAAGAUGCACAGCGACAACCUGCUCCGCAACGACCUGGGCGGGCCCUACUCGCCCUCGCACACCUCGAUUAGCCUGCAGCAGGACCUCCUCCAGACGUCCUCUCCGUCCAUGACAUCAGUCUCCAGCUCUGUCAACUCCUCGGGCAUCAUGGUGCCCACCGGGACCCUGCAACAGGGCAACAUUGCCAUGACUACCAUCAACUCCCAGGUGGUGUCAGGUGGAACCUUGUAUCAGCCGGUUGCCAUGGUGACAUCGCAAGGGCAGGUGUUAACCCAGGGACUCUCCCAGGGGACCAUCCAGAUCCAGAAUUCACAGGUAAACCUGGACUUGGCUUCACUCUUGGACAGUGACGACAAGAAGCACAAAAACAAGAGAGGGGUCCUGCCCAAGCACGCCACCAACAUCAUGCGCUCCUGGCUCUUCCAACACCUCAUGCAUCCCUACCCAACAGAGGACGAGAAAAGACAGAUUGCAGGACAAACAAAUCUCACCUUAUUACAGGUCAACAACUGGUUUAUCAACGCUCGCAGGCGCAUCCUCCAGCCCAUGUUGGAUGCCAGUAACCCAGAUCCAGCUCCCAAGGCUAAGAAGAUGAAGUCCCAACACCGUCCAACCCAGCGCUUCUGGCCAGACUCCAUCGUGGCUGGAGUCUUGCAGACACAUGGACCUCACUCUAACAAUGCUGACAACCCCCUAGGCUUUGACAGCCUCCAGCCCCUGUCCUCUGUCUCAGCCACCCUGUCCAUGCAGCAAGCCAUGCUGGGGGGAACCGAUGACUCCAUGGAUGGCACAGAGGAAGAGGAAGAGGAGGAAGAAGAGGAAGGGAUGGAAGAGGAGGAGGAAGAGGAGGACGAGGAGGAGGAAGAGAGCGAGGGAGGAAGGAGAGAUCUGGGCAUGGAGCAUAGAGAGGGACUAGACUCUGGUCUUCAGAGGUCCGUUUGGUUCAUUUCUGGAUUUCCACCCUGCAGUCACUGUGUCACUGGAAAGCGCAAGCGGAUUGAAGGCCCCAAGAUGUCCAUCGCUAAUGUGGCCGCCCAGGCCAUGCUGUCGGACGCCCUGCUCCGCGACGGCGCUGGGGGCAACCGCAUCGGUCACCUGGAGCUGGAGCUGCCGCUCGACAGGGUCAUCAAGUUUGUCUCCGUGGGGCUGCCCUUGCUGCUGGUGUCCAUGGCCUUUGCUCGCGAAAUCUCCAUCGGCCCACAGAUCAGCUGUUUCCCCCCCAAUAAUUUCACAGCCAAGCAGGCAGCCUACGUGGACACGUACUGCUGGGACUCCCUGAUGCACCAUGAGUUUGACACAGACGGAAACUUUGAGGAGCGAUCCCUCUGGGUGCACAAGAUGUUCCCAUACUCUCUGUUGGCUAUGGCCAUGAUGAUGUACCUGCCUGCCCUCAUCUGGCGUUUCCUGGUCAUGCCGUCAUUGGGCUCCGACCUGCUCUUCAUCAUUGACGAGCUGGACAAGUCCUACAAUCGCUCCGUGCGCUUGGCUCAGAGCAUCCUGGAGAUGCGCCAGAACACCCAGAACCCCCUCACCUUCCAGGCCGAGCUUGAGAGGGCCAAGCGGAAGCGUUACUUCGAGUAUCCCCUGUUGGAGAGGUACAUGCAGAGCAAGCACGGCUCCUACUUCCUGGUCAGCAUGCUCUUUCUGCGCGGCUUCCUGUUGCUCACCUUCAUGUCUGCCGCCUGCCUCUACCUCGUCUACUUCCACCUAUCCGCCUUUCUCCAGGAUGAGUUCAGCUGCUUUGUCCGCACCGGCUUGCUACGCGACCAGAACUGGGUCCCUGAGCUGGUCCAGUGUAAAAUGACCGGCCAACUGGUCUUCCAGAUUAUUAGCGUGGCUAACGGCGCUAUCUAUGUCCUGCUGGUGCCUAUCGUGCUGUUCAGCUUGGUCCGCCUCUUCUGCUGGGAUACGACUCUAUUGUCGGUCUACGAAGUUCUCCCUGCAUUGGGACUUAACAGCGGUCGCAAGCUGGGCUGCCCGCUCAACGACCUCAACGUUCUUCUGCUGUUUUUGCGAGCUAACGUGGCGCAUCUGCAGUCUUAUGGCAGGCUGAGGGCUGUAUGCUCGCUGGCGCCCCCGCAGAUCGGGAAGGGGAACGGCGUGAAGGGCGCGGGGAUGCUGACGGCAGAGGAGAUCGAGGAGAGGGCCGAGGCGGUGCAGGAGCUGGAGGAAGAGGUGGAGGAGCUGCAGGAGGAAGGGAAGCUCAACCUGGUGGAUAUCAUGACCAUUUUAGGAGCGGCCCGGGGAAACGCGGUCAACUGCACCGAGUCCAGACCUCUGGUGGAGGAGAAAAUGAGUCUGGAGCCAAACCACCAGGGGUACCAUGAGUUGAAGGAGACUGCAUCAUGUAAUCAUUACUAAACCACCAAUUGACUGAACCAUCAAUGUGACACCAAUUGGG